AUGGCGUCUCGGUCCCCGACAGUAGGCACCCCGAUGCUGAAAUCAUCGGUUGCGCCGGAGACACCCUUGAAAGACGCGCCAGCAGCGCCCCAAACAGUGCCCUUCCCUUCACCACAGACCUUCGAGAUUAUUCCACCACUACACGGGAUUCUGCUUCGUCUGCUUUCGCCCAAAGAUCCCUCAGCUGGUGCAUCGGGCGCAUCCGGAAACGCGACAGGAGCUUCGACCGAGCCUGGCCAGUCACAAAGUCAACAGCCAACCUCAGGCGUACACGAUAGCGUUAAUAAUGGCCAUACUACAGCUUCGCAGGCUGUGCCAGAUGUCUCCAUGCUCGACCCGAGUGCGCACCCGCCGCUUGACGUGAAGAACUUGCCUACGGAGACCAGCUCUGUGAAGAUUCGAAUCCAAAAGGCUCGGACGGUUGUCGAGGGCCUGCCCGAUGUACACCGGUCCGUUGAAGACCAGCAAAAGGAAAUUGCAGAAUUGGAGAACCACAUGAGCCGACUACGCUCUGUCAUCUCCGAUUUUGGAACGCGGGCAGCAAACGCGACAUGA